AUGGCCACAGCAGAGGUGAAGCUUAGUCAGGACGAAUUGAAAAAGCAAGCUGCAUGGAAAGCUGUCGAGUACGUGACGAGUGGCAUGAAGUUGGGCCUUGGGACUGGGUCCACAGCAGCCUUCGCCGUUGACAAGAUCGGGCAGUUGCUCAAGGAUGGUACCUUGAAGGACAUUGUAGCCGUCCCGACAUCCAUCCGCACCUACGAGCAAGCCCUCAGUCUGGGCAUCCCACUGGCAACUCUGGAUGAGGUGUCUGAGCUGGACCUGGCGAUCGAUGGCGCUGAUGAGGUGGACCCCAACCUGCACGUCGUUAAGGGCCGCGGAGGAGCCCUGCUGCGUGAGAAGAUGGUGGAGCUUGCCUCCAAGAAAUUUGUGUGCAUUGUGGACGAGUCAAAGCUCGUGGAGGGCCUGGGCGGCAGCAAAGAUGCGAUGCCUGUGGAGAUAGUGCAGUUCUGCUGGAAGUACAACCUCAACCGGCUGCAGAACCUCCCAGAGCUCACCGGCAAUGUGGCCAAGCUGCGAAUGGACGGCGACAAGCCUUAUGUCACAGACAACUCCAAUUACAUCGUGGAUCUGUACUUUGAGGACCCCAUCAAGGACCCCCACGCUGCUGCAGAGGCCAUCAGCAAGCUCACAGGAGUGGUGGACCAUGGGCUCUUCCUGGACAUGGUGGAUGUGUGCAUCGUUGCGCGCUCGAAUGGCAUUGAGGUCAUGGAGAAGUGA